AUGCUGCCUGUUGUGCUCGAGACCGAUGGGAUCUCCAUCUUCAUCGCUCUAUUCCGUGCGCUCGUGGACGACAUGGUCCAACGCUUCGUCGCUGCGGGCGUCAACUGUCGAGAAUGGAAGGCUACCGACGCCGUUCCCGCUCGUCUUCUCGUUGUCAAUGCUGAUAUUGUCACCGACCUGGGUUUGUCACGGCGACACGAGGCUGGAGCAAGGGGGGGCAACUUCGUCGUGUCUUUGUUGACGAGUGCCAUACCGUGUUCAUGGACAGCCACUGGCGUCCGCAACUUGCCACCCGAGGGGCUCCCGGACUCGAUCCAAAGCAUGAAAUGA